AUGAACAAAAAGGAAGAUCUUACUCAGCAGAACACAUCUGAAAGUGACAAUGAUGAAGUUGAUGGCAACAAUAUAUGUGGUUUCAGAAAGAAAAAGGGAGUCAAAGGUCCUACAAAGUACGUUCAUCCUUUAGAAAAUGAGAAGAUGGAGCUGUCUCACACCUCAAAAACGCCAGAUCCUUGUCCCCUUCGAGGAACCACUGCUUGCACAGAACCACCACCAGACCAGCCUCUUCAAAACCUGACUGGUUUUUCUCCAGUGCAAAAGGACAGAGAGGGUCGUGUAGGUUCCAGUACUUGCAGCGACGUGAAAGAAGACAUGUCUGGAGAAUCACGAGAAAGCCAGGAAAACGCUGACAAUGGGAAAAGAGUAAUAAGAAAAAUGCAUGAGGAAGUAGAUACGCCAGGCAAGGUGGAGCAGCCCGCAGGUGUGCAGCCUGCCAGGAGCAGGGGGAAAGCUGGGGGUGCAGAGGCAACCCACAGGGGAGAGGGCAGUGGGAAGGCAGAGGGUAAGCAAGAGGAAUGGGGUGGGAUGGAAGUUGUCAAGUUCCACCUGACAAAGACAGGCUCCCUGGGCAGUGCUGUAACCACUCAAGGAGGCGGCACUGCAGACUUCUUUGAGGGGGCACAUGACAUUUCUAAAAGAAGCCUGCAAGAGCUGAAAAACCUGCUGAGUGAAAGCCCACUGCCUGCUCAUGGGCCCAAUUACAGUGCCAAGGGGGGUGGCACUUUCUCUCAGAAAAAUCUGAAGCCCCGGGAGAAAAUGACUGACAAGCAGAGCCGACCCUUUGAGACUUUUAGUCCCCAUUUUGGAGAGGAGAAUUGGAAAUACCACAGCUUCUCCAAGGAUGGAGUUGGGCAGCAGAACAAACCUCUCCUGGUCCUCAGCUCUGCUGGGUCUGAUCAGCAGCAACCAGCGGGAAGUGACGCGGAUCAACUCAUUCUGGGACUACCGGCAGCUUCUACGCAUGUGGAAAACACAGCUCCUGAGAUUCAGUUUGCCGCCUCUGCAGACAACGCCGCUGAUGCCAAAGACUGCUCUGGAGCAGUAAAACACUACCUAGACUGGAAUAGCAAUUCCCACACUUGCAAGGAUUUUUGUUUGCCUGCCUCUCGGAGGCAGGAGCAGGUGCCACAGCAUGAUGUGGAGCACAAGGACCUGCACUCUGAUGCUGUGUGGGACUCGGGGGUGCCCUGGACCCUGUCUCACAGGGCAGGAGAAGGGUGUGUGGCAGCAGCAGGGUUGUAUCAGGAGGAAGAACAUCUGGCAGAGCUGGUGCUGCUGGCAAG